AUGCCGAACAUAAACGACCUAUUACUGGAUGUAUAUCAUGACAGAGAUUUUUCCGGUGCUUUUCACGAUAUCCCAUUCAACUCGAAUCAAGUUCCAGAGGUUGAUAAUAUUAUGCUUGAUUUGUCUUCUCCAUUUCAAUUCGAUGACACAAACACUGAAACAGAGAUCGGAAAUUGCAUCGCAGAGCUGAAUCAAGUGGAGAUAGACGACUUUGACAAUAUUCUGCAAUUGAUAGAAAAUGCUCCGUUGGUUGGAGACUGUGACGCGAAUCAACCGCUAGCAAUAACGCACAAUCCACCAGUUCCACAACAAGCUUAUGGCAGUGAAAAUGGAAUAAUGUAUCAAAUGCACCCGACUUUAUUGGAUUUCAUUACUGGCAACGUGUCUAUUUCUCAGCAGCCGAAAGCAAACAAUCGCUCACGCUAUGAAUGUGAUGGUCGUCGGUAUUUACCCGAUUCACGCUACCAUCCAAUGACUGUUCGAUUACCGAAUUUGCGAUCGAUCAUAAUACAACAAAACCAAACCUUAGGUAUUGUUAUGACCAUCACAACAGGUGAUAACAACCCAAUGAACCAAAGUAUGGUUCAUUCGCAUGAUAUUAUGUGCCAUGGAAAGGGUGUGGAAAAGAUUGGGCAUGGAUGCUUAUUCAUACCACUCGUGCAUGCCGAUAUUGACGCGUUGGAAAAAAGAUUUCCGCGUGUAUCGAUUUUAUACAAAAAGUACGACGAUUAUACAUUCAACCUCAUCCCAUUCGAUGCGAAUACCAUGUUUGGACCACAGGAAAAGUAUACCGUUCCAAACGAGCCAAAUAUGGAUAACGUGCCCAAAGGGAAGCGUUUCAAAACAGAAUACAACCUGUCGUUUUACAAAUUCGUAUUUCAUCUUGCGAUGAAGCAGGACCAAGUUGUUUACAUUUCGAACAACACAUGCGAAACCAAUUUGAUCGAUGAGACGAUCAUCCUAACAAAGCCGAAGAAACGAUUGGCAUCAGAGUCGGUCGCAAGUGUCUUCUCCGAUGAUGAAGUUAGUUCGAAUUCACAAAUAUCGAACUCGCCGAAGCGAUUGCGAUCAUCAACAUCGGGAUUACCGGUAAUUCGUGUACGCAGUAGAUCUAUAACAGCUACCAAAUAUAUCCAUUCUGUAAAUAGUCUACUUCUCGGAGACGAAAAUAGCCAAAACAAAACUUUUAAUAUUCAUCGAUGUUCGGAGUGA